AUGGAGUUCCUUGAUAAAUCCAUGGGUGAUCCAAUCCAAUACAUGUCGAACGUUUACGGCUAUGGCCUUAAAAACGAACGUCCCCCUUUUACUUUCAAAAGCGACGAUUGGGAGGAUCUGGCAAAAGAACGUAUGUGCGCAAAUUCGUUAGGCUACAUUUGCGGAAAUGCGGGAACAGGGGAGACAAGCAGAAAUAAUAGAAGCGCUUUUCAGAAGUGGUCCAUCACACCAAACCGCUUGGUAAAAACGGAGGGAUACCCAUCCAUAAAGUCUAAGGUGUUGGGUCAAGACUUCGCAACGCCGAUCGCCGUUGCUCCUAUAGGUGUCCAGCGAAUCUUCCAUAAUGAUGGAGAGAUCGCAGUGGCCAAAGCUGCAGCCUGCGAGAAGGUUCCAUAUAUCUACAGUACUGCUGCUGCAACCUCGAUCGAGGAUGCAGCAACAGCGAAUGGAGAUGGUACUCGUUGGUACCAGCUGUAUUGGCCAUCCAAUGAACACAACGAGAUCACAAAGAGUCUUUUGAAACGUGCACAAGAAAAUGGCUUUAGCGCGCUUGUAGUUACAUUGGACACUUAUAAGCUGGGCUGGCGUCCUAGCGAUCUCGACAAUGGCUAUAACCCUUUCUUACAUGCCGAUACUAUCGGAAAUGCCCUUGGCUUCACUGAUCCUGUGUUUCGGAAAAAGUUCGAAGCAAAACAUGGAAAAACAAUAGAAGAAAAUAUGGAGGUCGCCGCAAGGGAGUGGACAAGUGUUAUCUUCCCUGAGUUUAGCCACAGCUGGGAAGACCUUCAAUUCCUUCGUGAAAAUUGGAACGGUCCUAUCAUUUUGAAAGGCAUCCAGUCAGUCCCAGACGCCAAAAAGGCAGUAAAGGCAGGAAUUGACGGCAUCAUUGUGUCUAAUCAUGGAGGAAGGCAGCAGGACGGAGGAACAUCCUCUCUUGACUGUUUGGUUAAGAUCCAGAAGGCUAUCAGCAGCGAUAUCGAGAUCCUUUUCGAUUCUGGUAUUCGCUGCGGCAGUGACAUCGCAAAGGCCCUGGCCCUAGGUGCCAAAAUGGUACUGAUUGGUAGACCUUAUAUCUACGGGCUUGUACUAGGUGGGCAAGUGGGAGUGAGUCAUGUUCUCCGCUCGCUUUUGGGAGAUUUAAUAAUGAAUUUGCAUUUGGCUGGCAUACCAUCCAUUGGCAAAGAGGAAUUGAACACAGAUUGCCUGCAGUAUGAAAGCUGA